GAUUAUGGCUUUUUGCAAAUACUUGUUCGUACUAGCCAUUAUCACCAAAGCAUCACUCGCCGCAGAAUGUCACGGCUCGCCAGAUCCCAACGCGAAAGAAAAUACCUUCCCAAUUAAAGAUGCGGAUAUGAAAUUAGUGGCAAAAGUGAAAAAUGGAAAACUUUUUACAGUCGGAGACGCAAACACGGCCCUUAAAGUUGUUCAUGUAUGGGGCUCUCCCUAUGAAAUGGGCUACGCUCACGGUUCCCUGCUGAAAACAGAAGCCGCCUCUUUCAUGAACGCGGUAUGGGACUAUAUGGAAGACCAAGUGGUUCAAGGUAUCAACGGGACAGGAAUAUGGAAAUUCCAUGAGUGGUUUUUGAAGGACGUCGCUAACCUCGGAGUCGAAGUGGCCUUGGAUUUAGAAAUAUUGGUUACAUCGAAAUACACUGGAGAUUACUUUUUGGAAGAGAUCAAAGGAUUGGCAGAUGCUUGUGAAGUUGAUUACAAGAAAAUUCAGAGAAUACAUAUGCUUGGUGAAUUAACCAAGGGAAGUUGUUCGAUGAUGGGAGCAUGGGGUGAUGCUGUUGCUGACCCAAUCAAAGUAUUGCAAUUUAGAGCAUUGGAUUGGGAUACAGACGGUCCUUUCAAGGAUUACCCUCAGUUGACAGUUUAUCAUCCAUCAACGAAUGGGACGGGUCCCGGUGGCAUGAAAGCAAAUGCGUUCGUCAAUAUUGGAUUUACAGGAUGGUUGGGUUCUAUAACUGGAAUGUCCUCCGCACAGAUGGCAAUUUCGGAAAUAGGCGCUUCGUUUCCGGACGAAACAUUCGGAAAAGAGUCUAGAUUUGGUAUCCCAUUCACUUACAUCUUGAGGGAUAUUCUUCAAUUUGAUUACACGCUCGAUGACGCUAUCAACAGACUGGCAAAUGCACGCAGAACAUGCGACUUGAUUUUCGGAGUCGGGGACGGGAAGGAAGAUCGAGGAUUUCGCGGGGUACAAUACUCGGCAUCGGUUUCCAACUUUUACGACGACCAAAAUCUAAAACCAGAAGCAGACUGGCACCCGAAGAUCAAGGACGUCGUCUAUUGGGGAAUGGAUUGGCUGUGCCCUGGAUACAAUAAGAAAGUCGCUGAAAGAAUAAACGCCAACUACGGCAAGUUGUCUCCCGAAAUCGCCGUUCGUGACAUCAUGGCAAGAGCUCAGACCGGCUCCGUUCAUUCUGCUGUCUACGACUUAACCCAAAGUCAACUAUAUGUUGGAUUUGCUCGUGCUAAAGGCCAAGACGGACCCACUUAUGCAUACCAGAGGGGAUUUAUCAAGCUGGACGCAAACAUGCUGUUUAACGAACCGAUGCCAUGAACUCAACUUCAACCAGCGUUACAUGAUACAAUUUUCUAUAUUUAAUUUCAAAUUCAGCAAUAUUUCUGACUUUAUGUGUGCUAUAUUAUGUAUAACCCUAUUAUGCUCUAUGCCAGGGGUCGACAACCUACGGCCCGCGACGUUUUAUUGAAUUAUAGUAACAAAACAGCUGUUUUGACGAUUAUAUUCUUUAGGUCACCGAAUUUAUUGUAAGACUAAAUUAUAUUAUAAUCUAACAUGUAUAUAAUUCACAAUUACUCGUUUAAUGAGCCAAUAAUUUAAUUAUAAUUUGGGUUUAGUGGCGCCGAAAGUAUUGAAAUGGAAUUUUUCGAGAUGCAAUGCAAUAAGGAAAUAAAUCUAUCUAUUCGAGAGAUGUAUCACUGCUUGAUUUUUAUUAUAAAAAGUAACAUCAGUUCGGUUUUCAACUUUCUAAAAAUAUGUGCAGCCCGCCAAUGACUUGCGACCCUCAAUUUUGGCCCG